GGCAUGGGGAACGGGGGGUCGAGCUCGGACGGCACGCGCGCACGUUUUCAAGCGAGCCGUGAUCUGUCUGUCUGUGGCGGGCCGCGGUCCGCUGCUCGAGGGAAUGUGGGAAGAGGGUUUCGUUCGUUCGACGACGGGGUGGAAUGGGUGGGUAGUAGCGGGGGAGUGGGCGCGUGAGUGGUCCCAGGUAGGGAUGUACAUUUGUAUGUACUCGUGGUGCUGUGGACGCCCGGGGGAGCGAGGGUUUGAUCGCCGGACCGGCAUGCACAAGGGCAAAAUAUGCUCUGCGGGUUGCCGGUUUGGGGAACCGGUUGGGGAACGGGAAAGGAUUCGGGGCUGGGAUUGUUUCUGCGUGUUCUGUCUGCGUGUCUGCUUGCCUGCCCACCGCCUGUCUGUAAUGCAUGAGCCUCUUGCUGGCAGGGGAAAAUGCCGGCUCCGAGCUCGAUCACGAUCGGGUCUCCCCUCCUUAUGCUGCUGCUCGGGAAGUCGAUUGUCGAUUGGUCCGGGAGUUGGACGGAGAGGAGGAGAGGAGGCCGAAACUCCACGGGCAAGACAGGAUAGGAUCUACGACGAUGCGCAAACAAAACGAAGUAUUGCUAUAUAUCGAGCCAAUAUGACUCCGAGCCUGCAACUGAACAGCAGGGAGAGAAACUCGGACGGUUUGGGGCUGGACAAAAAGAAAGCGUUGGACGAUCGAGUCGGAGGUUACGCAUGCAAUGUGGUGCCAGAAAUGUUUCGGGUUGGCUGGCCAGGAUUCCUCCCAGGGCGCCUCGAGACGAAGGAAGCUGAUGCCGGUCUGCCAUCUGCCGCUCACCAAACACCAACUCUUCGCGCCCCCCGGCACCCCCAAGAACCCCGCCGAGGUCUGUAUAAAGUUACCGUGGUGUGUGGGACAGCGAUGCAUGCAGCAAGGGGCCUCGAGAAUGCAACAUAUAUAAGAACAGGAAAAGCUCCCGAAACGAUUGGGCCAGUUUGUCCGUGUGGGAGGGGAUUCCCUCCAUCGAACGCCCAUAGCAUGCGAUUGAAUCCAUAUCCGGGUGUGACGAACCACACUGGCGAUGCCCGUGACUGGGUAUAGGUCGACUAUAGGGUGGCAGCCUCUUGUGUCUUGAAUCGGCCGACAAACCGAAUACCGGUGUGGGUGCCAGGGGACGGCUCACCGGUCGGCUAGGGUGUCAAUGUGUCAUGGCCUUUCUGACUCGGCAGUUCCCCUGCUAGAUUCGCAUGGUCGAUGUGAUGGAGGUGCAUGAUUGGU